CACACCAAUAAUCAACAUCAAGUAAUUCCUGCAUUGUAAAAAUGGCUUGCAGAGUGCUUUUAAAGCCAUCAGCUCGUAUCGUUCACCGGCUAGGAGCUUGUGGUAUUAAAACCCAAGUACUGGCUGCACCGUUUGCUGCAAUCAAGGACGAAAUAACCCACACCGGUCAGUUUUACGAUGAAAAAGACUAUCGUAACGCCCGUUUUGUGAAUGCCACCAAAGUGGUCAAUCAGAACUGGGCCAUCAAAUUGAUCGAUGAAACACCCAUUAUCGAAUCCACCCAGCGGGUUGUAUACUGCGACGGAGGAACCGAGCCAGCGCUGGGUCACCCGAAAGUUUACAUCAAUCUGGAUAAACCAGGAGCUCAUGCGUGCGGUUAUUGCGGUCAAAGAUUCCAGAAAAAGGAUCAUCAUCACUAGAAAGUGAAAGUUCGCAGUAAAAUUUGAAAUACUAUUCAGACUUUUGAUUUUUGUUUAAAAUAAAAGCGUUAGAUGAAAAACGGAAA